AUGGCUACUUCAUAUAUUAAGAUUACUGAUAUUAUUGGCAAGAAUGUCGAUACUUCAUCUUUGACGGAUGUGGAGAAGAAAGUAGUUGCUGCCAUCAAAGCUGACUCCUUCGCAUUCACACGUUUCAAUGCAUUUGUCCAAGGUGACAAUCAUAUCAAGGAUCCAAUCGGUCUAAUCAAACCCGAUACCGAGGUUGAUAAAGAAGAUGUAAUCAACAUUACUCUGGCUGAUCUUGAUUGUUUCCCAACAUUCGCACCAUUGUUCCAGGGAACAUUGGGAAUGAUGUGGAAGAAGGCUGUGUCCUCGGACAAUGUUGGUAUUGAUCAAUUGCAAUCUAGAGUGGACCAGAUUGCUGGUAACAUUGGAAAGAUCAUUCAAACAAAUUGUGUGGAGGAUGAAGAGGAGUUGUUGAUGCAUGCACCAUGGAGUGAGGUAUGCGCCGGUGCCAUUCAACAGCUGAUGGAGGCCGUGUUUGAUCUGAAGCCAGACCUUUCAACAUUGGUCACCAAGCUUGCUGGCAACCAAGUACUUGAUGAUGCCCUACUCGAAUCAUGUCGUACCAAGUUCCAAAAGGCACGCAAGACCUCCAAGCUUCUCAUGAACUUCUUUGCCAACGAAUCCUUGGUCCAACACACUGUCAAGUAUCUGAUCGAGGCCACCUUUGUCAACAUUGUUAUCAUCAGAACCAUUGAUGCCUUCUGGUAUCAGCUGAACUUUGAUGAGAACACUAUCUCUGGUAUGACGGCCAAUGGUGUGUUCCCAGGAGGUGUUAGAUCCUACCGUGAGAUGCUUGACAAUUCAUUGUCAUUGGUAUUGUCCACGAUUGGUGAGGGAGCUAGACCAGAGAACAAUGACGCCUCCAACCAAUACCCAUCAAUGAACAAGGCCCACAUGAUACUAAAGAGCAACAGAUUGAUGUACCCUGUUUGCUGCAUCAUGGGCAAGGUCGACUCGAGGAUUGGCCUGUUGGAGCUGCUCCACGUCCCUUUGGUCAAGCUGCCAUCGACCCCAUCCAUGUACAUCUGCCGUGUGGAUGCUCUCCAGAUGAAGCCUGAGCUGUUGCCUGUGGUCGGUGCAAUCACCACUGGCCUUGGAUCGUUGCUUGGAGUGAAGCCUACUCCUGUGCCCAUCGAGCCAUUGACUGGAUGCGCGGGAUCGCCUUUCCCCAUCAUCUGCCACGCUCGUCUCGACCAGCCAAGGAACGUCCGUUUGAGAUUCUACGGCCAGUACCAGGCCGACGUCGACUUUAUCCAGUUUGGCCGUCGCACCUCCAUCAUGAUGCCAACAAUGAUCGAUCUCCAUGCCAUUGACCAUGAGAUGGGUGCAUGCAAGUCGCAUGGCGAUCUCAAGAGUUUCACAUCGCCACCCAAGGGUGACAACCCUGAUGCCACACUCUUUGACGACGUCUGUUACACUGCUGGUUACUCUGAGAUGACCGAGACAUUCACCAAUGUCAAGGAACUAACAUUCCACGUCAAGGCUGAGCAUGGUCGUCUACUCUUUGUCGAGUUCAUCGUCAGCCAAUAA